UUAACAUCAUCAGGAGAUAAAACACGAAUUUAUAGGUUCUUCUUGCAUGUGUAUUUCUGAUUCAAAUCAAUCAUCGAUCUGAAGAGGCUGAGUUUGUACUGAGAUUGUUGACAGGUGACAUUCCGCCCCGAAAUAGUGACCUUGACCUCACAGUGGAAUUAAAGCCCGAUAAAUCAAACAGCGUCCAGCCCCAGACGACGUCCAGCGUCCAGCCCGCGAUGUUGUAGCCAGUGACACUGUUACACAUUGUAUAUAUGGACGUUUGCAGCACGGGACUAUACAUGCCACGUGAACAUAUAAACCAGAAACCACAAUCUAUAAAAUGGAAAAGUCUCAUCCAUCCACACAUCUGAAAUUUUCUGUCAAAGUUGGCACUGAAACAGUCUGUACCAUAUUGACGAGAAACGAAAGUGUCGAUAUUGUAACACAUGCCGGUGCAACCGUAACCUGUCAGGCAGUUUCAAAGGAAUGCCAUGACCAGGCAACCCUGAUAUCUGAGAGAGAAAACAUAUGUGACGAAAAGAAUUCAGAGAUCACUGAGCGUACACAGGAGUGCGAGGAACCAACGGAAAGCAACGUUGACAACGUUGAACUCCUGUUGCAGCUAACGGCUUAUAUCAAUGAAAACAAACAGAACGGUUUGACCCAACGAAGCACUUCAAUCUGCAACACAGAACAUCAAGACGAAGAGAUUGAUGAGAGUGAUGGCGGAGACACUCCAAGUGGCGUGGUUGAACACGACAUGGCUUUACAUUCUCCGUGGCUACUAGCAAGGGUCAUCACUGCCCUGCAACUAUUGCGAGGAGCAUGGUCCUCCUUAUGGGUACCAAAGCGGUGUGACAGAAUGUUGAGAGGGGACCUCAUUGACCAUCACGCGUCGGUCCCCCCAGAGCCGUUGCCGGCCACCCGUGACGUCGUGAUUCGGCAAACGAUGGGAGGCAAGCUACUCGGCCGGGAGAGGCAGAUUACAAAUGUCAGGAUGAUGUUGGUGCUACCCUGCGACGUGAACUGGGUUCACUUGAUCCCAGCAGAUCCCCACAACGAGGAUAGAAUGGCCAUUUUAAACAUGCCACGGAAAAUGGAUUUGCACCUGGUUUUUGUAGCAACAUGUUUCGUACAGCCUGCGACAGCUGAUGUCUUGGACAUGCUCACUGUAUCCGAGGUUACUGGCACAACACAAGCAGUAUCAGGUCAGUAUUGUGUCGAGGUCUGUGUGAUAAUAACACUCCUGGGUGAUCACACUGAUUGUGUAUCGUGGGCUAUGGAAGAUAAGGCAUCGCUAGUGCCAUGGGCUGCGGAUACCCAGAGCUAUUCUGUGUGGAGGCUUAUGGAAAAUCAAGCCUUUCUUGUACAAGGGCAUGUAGACAGCAAGCCUGCUACCGAGACAAGGGCUAUGGUAAACCAAGUCUUUCUUUUACAAGGGCAUGUAGACACCAAGGCUGCUACUGACUCAAAGGCUAUGGUAAACCAAGCCUCUCUUGUACAAGGGCAUGCAGACAGCAAGGCUGCUGCUGACACAAAGGCUAUGGAUAACCAAGCCUCCCUUGAACAAGGGCCUGUAGACAGCAAGGCUUCUACUGACUCAAAGGCAAUGGUAAACCAAGCCUCUCUUGCACAAGGGCCUGCAGACAGCAAGGCUUCUACUGACUCAAAGGCUAUGGAUAACCAAGCCUCCCUUGAACAAGGGCCUGCAGACAGCAAGGCUUCUACUGACUCAAAGGCUAUGGUAAACCAAGCCUCUCUUGCACAAGGGCCUACAGACAGCAAGGCUGCUACUGACUCAAAGGCUAUGGAUAACCAAGCCUCCCUUGAACAAGGGCCUGUAGACAGCAAGGCUUCUACUGACUCAAAGGCUAUGGUAAACCAAGCCUCCGUUGAACAAGGGCCUGUAGACAGCAAGGCUUCUACUGACUCAAAGGCUAUGGAUAACCAAGCCUCCCUUGAACAAGGGCCUGCAGACAGCAAGGCUUCUACUGACUCAAAGGCUAUGGUAAACCAAGCCUCUCUUGCACAAGGGCCUACAGACAGCAAGGCUGCUACUGACUCAAAGGCUAUGGAUAACCAAGCCUCCCUUGAACAAGGGCCUGUAGACAGCAAGGCUUCUACUGACUCAAAGGCUAUGGUAAACCAAGCCUCUCUUGCACAAGGGCCUACAGACAGCAAGGCUGCUACUGACUCAAAGGCUAUGGUAAACCAAGCCUCUCUUGCACAAGGGCCUGUAGACAGUCAGGCUGAUGCUGGCACAAAGGCUAUGGUAAACCAAGCCUCUCUUGUACAAGGGUCUCUAGACUGCCUGACUGGUACUGAAUCGAGAGCUGUGGAAAACCAGGGCCAGGCCGAUACUGUAUCGUUGGCGGUCCAAAUCAAGCCUACUCUGGCGAUAGGCUCUGCAGAUAGCCAAACUGAUACUAUAUCAAAGGUUGCGGAACACCAAACCUCUCCAGUGUCACACUGUGUAGACAGCCGUUCCGAUACUGUAUGGAGAGCUUGUGAAAAGCAAACCUCUCCAGUGCCACGACUUAUAAAUAGUCAGACAAGUACUGAAAUACUGAUACUGAAACCGGCUGUGGUGCCAGGAGCUUUGCAUAUUCAGGCUGUUACGUGUCCAAGACUCUCGGCAACCCAGGCACAUGCUGUAUCAACUGCUGAUACUCAACAGGACCAUGUUGACAUGGAAGUCCAAGAGACAAAGAAACCUCUCAAUGACCUGUCUAACGAAACUAAACCACACCAUGACCACAUCCAUACCGCUUCUUUUAAUGACACAACGGCCAACGAAGAUACGGGCGAUGCAGCCAUUCCUGGCGCAAGGAUGUCCACAGACCAGAAGACAAGUUCACACAAGCAUGGCACCACGGUUAUUCACCACCCUGACAGCCGUACACGUCGCAGGAGGAGAAAAGCACCAUCGACUCAAAGACGAGACAGAGCGCGGACACAACGAUGGAUACAUAAGAAGAUCAAUAUUCAUGGACAGACGAAAGGCGCAGAAAAGCCCAAUACGCACACUAGUUCACGUCAGCUGCCCAAACAGGAAGAACGUACCGCCCGCUCUUGCACCGAGUGUGUUGGCAUGUUGCUGGACCAUGCUGGUACUACCACUGAGAUCAACAUGGUGAAGGAGAAUAUCGUCUUGGAGUUGGAACCAGGCCAGUUCCCUGACAGAAUGAAGACUCUAUAUGGAGCAGUGGUUGCUCUUCUUCCUAACAGGAAACAGUGGCAGCUGACCAAGUUGAUGCUUUCCACCGUGAAGGGAGCCCAUGAGACGUGUGUCCACAACAUGAUCAGGGAGCUCAAGGCUGAGGGCAAGAAGCUGGGACAUCUGUUACAGUACUUCUCCCAGGAGAACACGAAGCGAGACGACAUCAUUAAGUUAAUUACGCAGAUACACCAAUGUGAUUUCUGCAACCAAACUGCCAUGGAUGUUAUCGGAGGACAAUGCCAAGUUUAAGGCAACACUAGGAUUUCUUCAUGGAAUGAGUAGUGGCCUUACGUUUCAAAAUCAAGAGACCCUGUGUUCUUUUGCUUCAAGCAUAACAGCAUAUGGUAGUCUAAUGUUCUCAAUAAUGCAUCUUCCUGGUAUAAAACCGGUUUGAAUUUCAUGAAUAUGUGUAUUUAAUUACUUUUAAUUCUAUUUGCUAUGCAAGUACUCAAUAUUUUAUACAAAGAAGUUAGUAAGGGAAUUGGAUACCAUUUUUUUACAACUGCCUAUUCUUGUUUGCUUUGGAUAUACAUGUGACAAUGGCUGGGUCAAUUGUUGAACUUAACUUUAUUUUGCCUGAAAGGUUCUGAUAUUAUCCACAAACGCAAAUUUGUUUUCGUUUGAGGAACAUUUCAAAGAGAGUCAUAUAACUCUUGCUGUAAAAAGUAUGUUUCAUAAGGACUACAACUUUCAAGGCCUCGGUAGAGGUUUAUAAACGUUAAUCCAUAGACACGGGCAGGACAUUCAGUGACAAACAUAAUGCCAUGAGCAAUUCACUAGUUGACUUGUACCAUAUGUACCUUGUCUUUGCAAAGGUGAACACUUGCCUUCGCAUGUGUUUGUGAAUAGUAUUUGUCGCUUUUAUUUAUUGUAGAUUCGUAGUGUGGAAAACUAUGAGUUAAGGUGCGUUUCGGAAGGACACUUUGGUCUCUGUGUCCAAAGCUAUUACCCUGAAAUAUUUAUGUUGUGUCGUAUCUUUAUCGUAUUCCUUAUAUAAUUGUUCUUAAUAAUUAAAUACGUUUAGUUACUUUCGUCAGAGUAGUACUAAUGUAUCCUUCCUUAUAUGAAGGGUUAUGGUCUAAUUUCAUAGGACAAAAGAUGCUUUAGUAAGUUGUGUCUACCUUGUACUUAACAAGCUUAUUUAGAUGAGUGUUUCUUUGUCAUUUAAUUUUUCUCCUUGUAUUUGAUAUUUCUUAAUUCACAAUAUUUUAGGUUUUCCAUUCAUCAAUAAAUAAUCUCUGUGAA